AAGCAAGUUGGGGGCCGGACGGGAAAAUCCGACGAGUUACUUUGCUUCUCCAUAUGUUAUGCUGUUCGAGAAAAGGUCAUCGUUGAGCACAUAGAAAGUGAAAUAGGUCUCUGAAGCUCUGCAGAAGUCCAAGGUUGCAUGGUUUUCUCUGUUCUGAAGUUUGGCAAAACUAUGCAACUUUGGCUGCUAAUUAAUAAGAAUUAGAAUUGUUCUUCUAUGCAUGAGAGCGGAUUUUAAUAUAUUUUGUCCCUGGUAAGAUGGAAUCCCUUUGGAAACUUCUAUACUUGCUGGAGCCUGCUCCUGUCACUCUUAUCAUUACAGCUGUAGCAGUGACAUUUGGCUCCGCAUUCCGAGCUUUAAACUAUGGUAAAGAAAUGGAGCGUAACCGUGACAUGUCAGAAGCAUCCAUUACACUGGAUAGGUCUCAAGCGUUAAUGAUCCCAGUGAUGAGCUCUUUCAGCCUGCUUUUGAUGUUCUACUUGUUCUCAUCCGUCUCCCAGCUUCUCACAGCAUUCACAGCCAUUGCUUCUGCGUCAUCACUUUUCUUCUGUCUGUCUCCAUGUGUUGUCCACUUGAAGGCGCAGUAUGGAUUGGCUGACCCAUUUGUUUCACGCUGUUGCUCAAAAUCAUUUACUCGACUCCAAGGACUUCUGUUGUUGUCAUGCAUUGGAACAGUGGUGGCUUGGCUUGUUUCAGGUCAUUGGAUAUUGAACAAUAUACUAGGCAUAUCUAUAUGUAUUGCAUUUGUAAGCCAUGUGCGUCUUCCAAACAUCAAAAUAUGUGCAAUGCUCCUUCUUUGUCUAUUUGUAUAUGACAUUUUCUGGGUUUUCUUCUCUGAAAGAUUUUUUGGGGCAAAUGUCAUGGUGUCAGUGGCAACACAACAAGCAUCGAAUCCUGUUCACACUGUUGCUAAUAGUUUAAGUCUUCCUGGUUUGCAACUGAUAACAAAGAAAUUGGAGCUGCCUGUGAAGAUUGUUUUCCCAAGAAAUUUAUUGGGUGGAGUACUCCCAGGGGAGAAUGCAACUGACUUCAUGAUGCUUGGUUUGGGAGACAUGGCUAUCCCAUCAAUGCUUCUGGCAUUGGUGCUCUGCUUUGAUCAUCGAAAAAGCAACAACACAGUAAAUCUUUUUGAGUUAUAUUCUUCAAAGGGACAAAAAUACAUAUGGUAUGCGCUACCUGGUUAUGCAAUUGGUCUGGUAACAGCUUUGGCUGCCGGUGUCUUAACUCACUCUCCUCAACCUGCUCUGCUCUAUCUGGUGCCUUCUACUUUGGGGCCUGUGAUUUUCGUCUCCUGGUUAAGGAAGGAAUUGAUGGAAUUGUGGGAAGGAAGCGUGCCAAUUAUUGGCGAUAAAGCUCGCCAAAUAGAAGUUUAA